CUACGAAGCCCAUGGUGACAAAUUCAAAAGAAAAAGAAGAGAAAAUUAUUCGCAGUUAGAGGAAAUCAGUUAGAUAUUCAGUAAAUUCUCUCCUUAGUCCUUGCCAGAGCUUGGCAUGUGAAUUUUGUUCCUGUAAAAAUCUUGCAAUCAGAGCUCGCGAUUGAAGCGGAUGGCCGACAUUGCGAAAAACAGAGUGGGCGAUGAGGCGAAUGAGAAAACGCCCAAGAAUGUGUUUGAUUUGGGAGCGUUUGUUGGGGACUUGACUCUCGAGGAGGAUGCCAGCAGUUGUGAUGAUAUAUCUUUGGAAGGACUCGAGCAGGAACUAGAAGAGUGUAAGAGUGACGAUGUUGUUACAAACAUAUUAUCGAAAGGUACGACACUAAGAGACCAUACAAAGGGGGUCGAGAACAAUCUGCGGCAAGUUGAAUUGGACUCAAUUCAGGAUUACAUAAAAGAGAGUGAUAAUCUAGUCUCUCUUCAUGAUCAAAUUCGUGAUUGUGAUUACAUCUUGUCACAGAUGGAAACUCUUCUUAGUGGUUUUCAGAUUGAGAUUGGAUCUAUAAGUUCGGACAUAAAAAUUCUUCAGGAGAAGUCCAUGGAUAUGGGUCUGAGACUGAAGAAUCGUAAGGUGGCAGAAUCAAAAUUGGCGAAAUUUGUUGAAGACAUUAUCAUCCCUCCAAGGAUGAUAGACAUAAUUGUUGAUGGAGAGGUCAAUGAUGAAUAUAUGAGGGCUCUUGAAACUUUAAGUAAGAAGCUGAAAUUUGUCGAAGUGGAUGCGAUGGUUGGGGCUUCAAAAGCCCUAAAAGAUGUUCAGCCCGAGCUCGAAAAACUUCUGCAGAAAGCAGUUUCAAAGGUGUUUGAGUUCAUUGUUCAAAAGCUACAUGCUCUGAGAAAGCCCAAAACAAAUGUCCAGAUCCUUCAACAGAGUGUACUUUUAAAGUACAAGUAUAUUAUUUCCUUCCUUAAGGAACAUGGCAAGGAGGUAUAUCUUGAGGUUCGGGGAGCAUACAUUGACACAAUGAACAAGGUUCUAAGCGGGCAUUUCCUUGCUUAUAUUCAAGCACUGGAGAAAUUACAAUUAGACAUAGCAUCAUCUAGUGAUUUAAUUGGUGUGGAGGCCAGAAGUCCUAGUCUUUUUUCAAGCAGAAGAGAACCAUUGAAGAAUAGAUCUGCUGUCUAUGCUCUUGGGGAGAGGAUUAACAUAUUAAAGGAAAUUGAUCAGCCUGCAUUGAUUCCACAUAUCGCUGAAGCCAGCUCCCAAAAAUAUCCAUAUGAGGUCCUUUUCAGGAGCUUGCACAAGCUGCUUAUGGAUACUGCUACUUCUGAAUACCUUUUCUGUGAUGAUUUUUUUGGGGAAGAAUCCAUAUUUUAUGAGAUUUUUGCUGGUCCAUUUGCUGUUAUUGAUGAACACUUCAACUCAAUGCUUCCAAAUUGUUAUGAUGCUAUUGGCCUAAUGCUUAUGAUUCGCAUAAUACACCAGCACCAGCUUACCAUGUCUCGGAGGAGAAUUCCUUGCUUGGAUUCAUAUCUAGAUAAGGUCAAUAUUUCACUUUGGCCUCGCUUCAAGAUGGUAUUUGACUUGCACCUCAGCAGCCUUCGUAAUGCAAAUGUCAAGACUUUAUGGGAGGAUGACGUUCAUCCUCACUAUGUUAUGAGACGCUAUGCUGAAUUUACGGCUUCUCUUAUUCAUCUUAAUGUUGAAUAUGGGGAUGGCCAGCUUGACUUGAAUAUGGAACGACUGAGAAUGGCUCUUGAUGAUUUGCUUAUCAAGCUUGCAAAACUGUUCCCAAAGCCAAAACAUCAGAUUGUGUUUCUCAUAAACAAUUAUGAUAUGACAAUAUCUGUACUUAAGGAAGCUGGACCUGAAGGUGGGAAAAUUCAACUGCACUUUGAGGACCUGCUGAAGAGCAACACAACAUUAUUUGUGGAGGAGCUGCUAGUAGAGCAUUUUGGUGAUCUAAUCAAGUUUGUGAAGAACCGAGCAUGUAAGUAUAUACUAAGCACAACUUGGAAGUUGGAACUCUUAUUAUUUGAGGAGAUAACCUUAUUUGCAAUUAUGACAGCGGAGGACCUAAGUUCUAGUUCUGAGAAGCCCAUAACUAUUGCUGAAGUGGAGCCGCUAGUAAAGGAUUUUGCAAGCAGAUGGAAAGGUGCAAUAGAGCUGAUGCACAAAGAUGUCAUUACAUCUUUCAGCAACUUCUUGUGUGGUAUGGACAUUUUAAGGGCUGCAUUGACCCAGCUACUGCUUUACUAUACCAGGCUUUCAGAUUGCAUAAAGAGGAUUGUUGGCGGGUCUGCGCUAAACAAAGAUCUUGUUUCCAUAUCUUCGAUCAUGUAUGAGAUCAAGAAAUACUCGAGGACAUUUUGAACGAUGGUUAACUUAUAGCAACACCUAGCCACUCUCACGAGUUAUUCAUUGGUUGAUUAUGGAUGCAUUGCCAACUGAAGCAUAGGAGGAUUGAGAUUUUGUUUACAAUGCAUGCUAGAACUCGUAUUUGAUGUGAUGUUGAAACCUUGAGCGAAAUCUGAUAAUGUUUUCAUUGUGGAAUGUUCAAACUAUUCAUGAACCUUUUUGGCUGUGCAAUUUCUGAACAGCAGUA